AUGUCAUCAUUACAUUGUCAGCGAAUUAAAAAAAAAUAUAUAGACCAUGUUUGUUCUUUCUUAUUUCAUUUUCUCUUUCUAGUAUUAUUUUGUUUCUUUAGAAUUGGUUUUGACAGUUUUUCUAUUGUUUUCACUCUCUCUUCUUUCUUUCUUACGUUUUUCAUUUCUACAUUUCAUCUUUCACAGUCUCUUUCUUUCUUUUUCUCUCUUUUUUUUCUCUUUCUCUUCUUUCUUUCUUUUCAUUUUACAUCGCAUUUCUUUCUCUUCUUUCUUUACUUUCUUUCUUUUCAUUUUUACAUCGCAUCCUUCACAGUAUCUUUCUUUCUCUCUCUUUCUUUGUUUCUUUUCUUUCUUUCUUUCUUUCUUACGCUUUUCACUUUUAAAUCUCAUCUUUCACAGUAUUUUUCUUUCUCUCUCUUUUCUUUCUUUCUUUCUUUUCUUUCUUUCUUACGCUUUUCGCUUUUAAAUCUCAUCUUUCACAGUAUUUUUCUUUCUCUCUCUUUUCUUUCUUUCUUUCUUUUUCUUUUUUCUUUUCUUUUUCUCAUUUUUUCUUUCUUCUUCUUUUCUUUUCUUUUAAAUCUCAUCUUUCUUUCAGUAUUUUCUUUUCUCUUUCACAGUAUUUUUUUUUUCUUUCUUUCUUUCUUUCGUUUUUAUCUUUCACGUCCCAUCACUUCACCGUAUCUUCCUUCUCAUUUCUUUCUUUUUCCUUUCUUAUAUUUUUGUAUUUCUUUCACAUAUCAUCCCUCUUUCUUUCUUUCUUUCUUUCUUAUAUUAUUUUCGACUGCUUUUCUUUUCACCCGUUUUCUUCUUACUCUCUCAAAAUCUUUCUUUCUUUCUUUCUUUCUUUCUUUCUCAUAUUACUGUCCUUUCCUUGUCUCCGUCUCUCUUCUCACCCUUUCACUAUUUUUUCUGUCGUUCAUAUAUUCAUUUCUUCUCCUCUCUUUUCUAUGUCUUCUUUACUUUCUCAUAAAUUUUUUUUCUUCAUUUCGUUUUCCUAUACUUCCCCUUCUCUUAUAUUGCUUCUUUUUAAUAGAGUUUCAUCUCUCAUUCCAGCCAUUUUUUUUUCGGCAUCUUCACUUAUUUGUACAACAGAAAAACAAACUGCUUCUCUAUCGCUUCUCACGUCACCCUUUCAUCUGA